GCUCGAAAAUCUGCAUGCAAAGCAACUGCUGCACCUGCUCAGUCUUCACCUUCUACUAAUGAUACUAACUUUAUUAUUCCUCUUCCCCUUAAUACCAAGAUGACAUUCUCUGGAUCUUACCAUGGUACCAAGGAGUGUUUCAGUUCCAAAAGCAUGGUGUAUCCUUUUAAUUCAA